AUUCUGCAAUAACACAAAGUGUGAUUUAUCUCGUACAACUUUGAAGCCACAAAAAUAAUUCGUGUUCCAGAAAUGGCAAAGUCACCGGAAACAGAACAUCCCGUCAAGGCUUUUGGCUGGGCCGCUACCGAUACCUCCGGCCAUCUCGCUCCGCUCAAAUUUUCAAGAAGAGAAACAGGUGAGAAGGAUGUGAGGUUCAAAGUGUUGUACUGCGGGGUUUGUCAUUCAGAUCUUCACAUGAUCAAAAACGAAUGGGGCAUGACCAGAUAUCCUAUUGUUCCUGGGCAUGAGCUUGUAGGAGUGGUAACAGAAGUGGGGAGCAAAGUGGAAAAAGUCAAGGUUGGAGAUAAUGUUGGAGUAGGGGUUUUGGUUGGAUCUUGCCGUUCAUGUGAUAGUUGCAGUGGUGAUUCAGAAAACUACUGUCCGAAAAUGAUACAGACCUACAAUUCUCCCUCUGUUGAUGGAAGUAUAACCUAUGGAGGCUAUUCCGAAUCAAUGGUUGCAGAUGAACAUUUUGUUGUUCGUUGGCCUGAAAAUUUGCCACUUGAUUCUGGUGCUCCCCUGCUCUGUGCUGGGAUCACAACUUAUAGUCCCCUUAAACACUUUGGACUAGACAAGCCUGGUAUUAAACUCGGAAUUGUAGGUUUAGGUGGGCUUGGGCACGUAGCUGUUAAGCUUGCAAAAGCUUUUGGUGCUCAUGUAACAGUUAUAAGUACUUCUGAAGGCAAGAAGAAGGAAGCUCUGGAGAAACUUGGUGCUGAUUCUUUUUUGGUUAGCCGUGAUCCCGAGCAGUUGAAGGGUGCAAUGGGAUCAAUGGAUGGUAUUUUAGAUACUGUUUCUGCAAAUCACCCUGUGGUACCUUUGCUUGGGCUACUGAAGACUGAUGGAAAACUUAUUAUGGUUGGUUUACCAGAUAAGCCUAUGGAGGUGCCAGCAUUUCCUUUAGUUCUUGGGAGAAAGACUCUAUCUGGGAGUGCUAUCGGUGGAUUGAAGGAAACUCAAGAAAUGCUUGAUUUUGCAGCAAAGCACAACAUCACGGCUGAUGUUGAGGUUAUCCCAGUGGACUAUGUGAACACUGCAAUGGAGAGACUUAUGAAAUCGGAUGUCCGUUAUAGGUUUGUCAUUGACAUUGGGAAUACAUUGAAGUCUGAAUGAAUAGUACUUUGUUUGUGUUAAAGAUUUAUCAUUCCUUGCAAUUUUUUAUUUGUGUUGCGGCGCUGAUGUAUUUUUCAAAAUUAGAACUGUAAUGGCUACAUUUCUACAAAUAAAUGGCUGUUUUCUAAUC